AUGCAACCACUUUCAUUCUAUCAUCAAACAUAUAAUCACAUUAAAAUCAUAAGGCAGUAUAUAAUGAUUCGUUAUCAAAUAUCAGAGUUGUUAAAUCUUCAACAUGAUAAAAAAUUCAAUAUUCAUUUGAAAGAUUUAGAUCGUAGUACAAAAGGCAUUCGUUGUGAUUUCUUAAAUUCUACUUCAUCAUCUUCAACUUCUACUAAUUUUGCCGCCAAUAAUUCAAAUCAUCAUUUACAACCUCCAAUUCAAUUCAAACCAAAUAGAGGUAAUACUAAUAAUACUUCUGGUCCAUUCAUUAGAAAUUUUAGCAAUAAUAAACUGCCAUUUCAAAAGCAUGGCGGCAAUUCCAAAUUUUCUCAAUGGUUACCAGUUUCUAAUUCUGUUUCAAUUCAUGGUUUAGAUAAUAAUAGUGGAAAUCGAUCAUUUCAAGGUCAAAAUGGAUCUUCAUAUUGGAAAGAAAUGGAUAAUAAUUAUAUUGAUGGUGGUAAAGAAAAAGGUAAUUAUGUUUAUCUUCCUGUUAGUCCAAGUUAUAGAUUAGUUCAAAUUCCUCCUGGAAUGCCUAUUCCAAAUGAUGCAAUUCCUGCUGCUAUUAAUCAUCCCCCUAUUCAAAUCCCACUUGUAAGAAGAAUCUAUCAAAAUAAGCUUGAUCUUGGUUAUUCUCAAACAACUAGUCCAACUACCAUUACUACUUCUACAACAACAACAACAACAACAACUAAUAAAAAGGAAUUAUCCGCUAUUGAAAAAGUUAGACUUGAAUUUAAACAAAAUUUGUUAGAAACUGCAGCUCUUAAAGUUAAACAGAAAUAUCAAGAGAAAUCUAAAAAGGUCAAAUUUGUUUAUGAUCCAAAAAAAGCUCCAAAAGUUGAUAAUCCAUAUUCAAUUAGUGGAUUUUUCCCUCUGUCAAUGAUUAAUUCUGGAAAGACUGAUCAAGCUUAUUCAGUAUUCAAUUCAAAUGAAUUAUCUGAUGAAAAUGAUUCUUAUAAUCAAUCUACCAUUGGUUCAUCAUAUGAUGUACAAAUCCAAUUGCCAGUUAAUUUUUAG